AUGGCAAACUCAAGAAGCGAAAAGGAUUUCUUUCAGGAUGAAUUAGAAGAAGAAAAUGUGAUACUCACAUUGGUUCCAAUAAGCGAGGAACAUAAUGAACAUCAAAUGGAACCAAGUGUUUCUUCAACCUCAGACAGCAAACUGACAGCGCCUGGGACAAACGAUAAAGUUAAUCUUCCUCAAAUGAAUGAACAAUUCAAAGAUGGCCCAAAACCAAUCCUUCCCUUGCCAACCAAUUUGCCAUCAUUUAAUAAAGUGCGUCACGACACUUUGCGGAACUGGUGCCAACAAUUGAAUUUGAGUACCGAUGGUAGGAAAAUAGAGGUUUAUCUGAGGCUCAGCGAACACGCUUAUUUUGAAAAAAAGCGAGUGAAUAGGAAGCAUGGAGACAAUGUAAAGAAUGUUGCUGAAACACCAGAGGAGGCCACAUUGCAGUCAUGUUCGGGGAAACUGACCAAGAGAUCAAGGAGUAAGAAAAGUCAUCAGAUGAACAAAAGAGAGGAAGAGACUCAUACGGUUGAGAUGACCAUGACCAAUACAGUGGAAGUGAUAACUUCAGCUCGUGAGGCCAUGCUGGCAGCAUGGUCAAGAAUUGCUGCAAGAGGCUCGCUAUCUAAGGCUGCGAAUUCAUACAGCAUUCCUAUUUCUGUUGAGAAUUUUCUGCUGCAAACAUCUGGUGUCAGGUGGUGUGUGGUCCAUGGCAGACAUCUCUUGGCAGACAAAAAGGGUUGGGUUCGCCUGCAGUUCCACGCAGGUCAGACCUGGGUGCCUGACACUCCCACGAAGAUGAUUUCUCUCUUACUUUUACCGGCCUGUACAUUCCCAUCCCCAGACCUAGAAGAUAACAUGUUAUGCCCUGACUGUGUUAAGAGGAAUAAAAGGAUGGUGGAGAAAUUAGCUAAAAUGAGGAAGAGAUAA